AUGGCUGGGGGCGAACCGGACACGCCGUUUUGGGCCAUCGCGCAUCCCCCCACUGUCAACGAUGCUGUGGGCGUAGACUGCCGCAUGUGUCGGUGGAUCGGGUCUCGAGGCGCUGGCCGUGUGCCUACAAACGUCGUGGCAAUGUGGCCACGGCCGGAGGUGUGCAAGCGCAGGAGGCUUCGCGGCGGGAGCAAGCCUGAGGCAGGUCGCCAGCGCCUGCCGCGGGCGCGGGUGCGCAGGGCUAUUCUUUCCUCGUCUCGGUGCUUGCGCCUGGCAGCCACCGCUGGAGAACAAUGCGCGUUGGGCAGGGCUGCCGUGCAGCGAGUCGGCAGUGGGCGAUCAUGCGGUCGCGCUAAAAGAUCGGCAGCUGCAUGGCGCCACAAAACGGCGCCCCAGGGCAUCCCAACCACAGCACUCCAUGCUCUUCGCGUUUCUGAACCACCUGGCCAAGCCAGCGCGUGCCUAUGCCCAAGCUAG